AUGUCCAGCGCUUCUCUGAGGUUCGACGGUCGCGUCGCUAUUGUGACCGGCUCUGGUCGUGGUUUGGGCCGCGAAUAUGCCCUCCUCCUCGGCCGCCUUGGGGCUGCAGUAGUUGUGAACAGCACCACUCCUGCAACGGCAGAGGCCACAGCAAAAGAUAUUAUCGAUGCUGGUGGGAAGGCCAUCGCCCACGUUGGUAACGUGGCAGACCGCGAGCUUGCGAAUGCCCUCGUGAAAACUGCAGUCGAUAAAUUCGGGCGCAUCGACAUCGUCAUCAAUAACGCCGGAGGAGCCAAUGCUUAUGGGGCUGCUAAGCUUGGCCUUCUGGGGUUGGCCAAGUCUCUCGCGAUUGAAGGAAAGGAGCACAACAUUUUUGUCAACACAGUUGCACCUAUGGGUUUCACUCCUGGUUCGGCUGCGAGCGUUCAGGAUGAGCAGACCCAGCACUUCAUGAAGGAGCACAUGCCCGCUCGCGAUGUCGCCCCCACCGUGGCGUGGUUGGUCCACGAGGGCUCCAAAGUCAAUGGUGAAGCUGUCGCCGCUGUUAGUAGGCUUGUUACCCGCAUCUUCUUGGCUGAGACCAAGGGCUUCUUUGGCUCUGCGGACAAAUAUUGGACCAUUGAGACUGUCAGGAACAAUUGGGAUAAGGUGGUUGAUGGGAAGGACUACUCCGUCCACACCGACAUAGCGGAGUUUGGCCCCAAGAUUUUCCAGCGUCUUGCCACAGGCCAAUAA